AUGGACCGAAGAUGUUUCACCAUUCUGUGUCACCUACUGAGGACCAUUGUUGGACUAACGUCGAUGGAAGUCAUCGAUGUUGAGGAGAUGGUAGCAAUGUUCCUCCACAUUCUUGUGCACGACGUGAAAAAUCGUAUCAAAGAUGGAGGUGGUUUGAGGUACACAUUUAUCUCGAACUACGUACUUCCAACACAACGAUGUGCAUUAGAUGGAACGUACAUAAAAGUCAAUAUUCCAGCAAGUGACCAGGCUAGGUAUAGAAUAUGCAAGGAGGAGGUGGCCACAAAUGUACUUGACGUGUGUGACACAAAAGGAGAUUUCAUUUACGUAUUUGCCAGCUAUUACUACUUGGUUGAUGUCGGGUACCCAAAUGUGGAGGGUUUUCUGGCACCAUACAGAGGUCAAUGCUACCACUUGCAAGAAUGGCGUGGCCCUGAAAAUGCACCUUCAAUGUCGAAAGAGUUCUUCAAUAUGAAGCAUUCGUCUGCUCGUAACGUAAUCGAAAGAGCAUUCGAUGUCUUAAAGGGUCGAUGGGCAAUACUGUGGGGAAAGUCAUACUACCCUGUAGAAGUUCAAUGUCGCACAAUACUCGCAUGUUGUCUCCUCCACAACCUUAUCAAUAGAGAGAUGACAAACUUUGAUAUAGAAGACAACAUAGAUGAGGUUGAUUCCACUCAUGCGACUACUGUUGCCGAUGACAUACAUUACAUAGAGAAAUCCAAUGAGUGGAGUCAAUGGAGGGACGACCUUGCAGAAGAAAUGUUUACUGAUUGGGAGUUGCAUAACCAAUAG